AUGGGGAAACUGAUCAGACUGGGGACACAGGAGAGGCGGAUAUUCCGACAACCAAAGAGGCUUCAGUGGAAUCGCCUCCUUUUCCUCCUGGGAAUGUUGAUCAUUGGUUCUACCUAUCAGCACCUGAGGAGACCCCAGAACCCUCUCUCAAUGUGGACAAAAGUCUCUGCCCAGCAGCCGAUUAAACUGGCCGGCAGGGAUCUCCCUAGUGAUGAGAUGACAGUGGUGGGCAGGGACCCUCCAGAGGCCAGCUCUGAAGUGGACGGUGAGAUGCUAGCACCCCAAAAGACCGUGACCAGGGAUGAAACAACACCUAGCAUAACAAUGGAAGAUACCCCUAACCCACCCAGAACAACCAAAAUCACCCCAACAUCACCAAAGAAUAAUUAUAGCCCUAGAGCAGCUGGCACAGAAAGAAGAAAGGAAAACACUCCACCCACACCUAGCAGAGCGCCAAGCCACUUCAUCUCAACGUCAGGCAGAGAGAGAAUGAAAAGCUAUGCCCUAAUACCCAGGGGAGAAAGGAGAAACUCCAUCCCAACUCACCCCAGGGAAAAGGGAAGGAAGUCUACCUCAUCCCCAGGGGGUGCACCAUCUGCUAACACGCCCACAACAACAGAGAAAGACAGCAAAACCAUGGCAACCUAUAGGCUGUGGGAGACCAGACUGCCCAAGAGAACAAUGAAAGAAAACGCUGCAGUUUCUCUUAAGAGAGUGGUUCUGAACACCCCGACUUCCUUAACACAUGAAGUAGAAACAAGCCUCUUGACUUCUCCAAGUUUGGUGGCAGAGAACGCCCUGGGGAGUCCUAGAAGAGAGGAACAAAACAGCUCUAUCAGUCCCCAGGGAGCACUCCCACAGCACGCCCCAGCCACCUCUGAGGAGCAAGUGACAGUAAGCGCCAGGAUGGGUAGUACCCCAUUUACUGCGGCCUGGAGAAUUAGUUAUCCCUCGUCCAGAACCAGUGUGUCAACCAUUAGAAUUGCCUCAGCCACCAACAGGGAGCUGGCAAAGAGACCUUCCACAGUACGCAGUGCCCCAGUAACUCCCAAAGUCAAGGUAAUCCUGACCACACAGGUCCACCGCUGUGUGGUUGUGGAGCCGGCCCCAGCUGUACCCACGGCCUCAUCUCCGAGCAUGACAAACAUCCUCUUCCCAGAGGCGCCCAGUUCCAGUCCUUCAGCUUUCCCCCCUGACUGGCCAGACCACCCCAAGGGCGAGUAUCCCCCGGACCUGUUCAGUGUGGAGGAUCGGCGACAGGGCUGGGUGGUCCUGCACAUCUUCGGCAUGAUGUACGUGUUUGUGGCCUUGGCCAUUGUGUGCGAUGAGUACUUUGUCCCAGCCCUGGGAGUCAUCACAGACAAGCUGCAGAUCUCUGAGGAUGUGGCUGGGGCCACAUUCAUGGCCGCCGGAGGCUCCGCCCCUGAGCUCUUCACCUCUCUCAUUGGUGUCUUUAUCUCCCACAGCAAUGUGGGUAUCGGUACCAUUGUGGGCUCUGCUGUGUUCAACAUCCUUUUUGUCAUAGGCACCUGCGCCCUUUUCUCCAGGGAGAUCCUCAAUCUCACCUGGUGGCCCUUGUUCCGUGAUGUCUCCUUCUACAUCCUUGACUUGUCCAUGCUCAUUGUCUUCUUCCUGGAUAGCCUCAUUGCCUGGUGGGAGAGCCUGCUGCUGCUGCUGGCCUACGCUCUCUAUGUGUUCACCAUGAAGUGGAACAAGCAGAUUGAGCGUUGGGUGAAAGAGCAGCUCAGCAGGAGGCCAGUAGCCAAGGUCAUGGCCCUGGGGAGCCUCAACAAGCCCAGUGACGGUGCCAUUGAGGAGAACGAGUCACAGGACAGCAAGAAGCUAAAGCUCCCGUCCUUGCUGACCCGAGGGAGCAGCUCGGCCUCACUCCACAACAGCGUCAUCCGCAGCACCAUCUACCACCUCAUGCUCCACAGCCUGGACCCCCUGGGGGAAGCCCGCCCCUCCAAGGACAAGCAGGAGAGUUUGAAUCAGGAGGCCAGAGCACACCCCCACACCAAAGCAGAGAGCAGCCCCAACGAGGAGGAGCCAGCUGAGCUCCCUGCGGUCAAGGUCACUCCAGCUCCUGCUCCAGACGUCAAGGGAGAUCAGGAGGAGGAUCCAGGUGGCCAGGGAGAUGUGGAUGAGGCUAAACAUACAGGAGAUGUGACAGGUGAAGAGGGUGAAACUCAACCAGGUGAAGGGGAAACCGAGGCAGAAGGAAAAGAAGAUGAACAUGAAGGGGAAACUGAGGCAGAAGGAAAAGAUGAGCAUGAAGGGGAAACUGAGGCAGAAGGAAACGUUGUUGAACAGGAAGGGGAAACUGAGGCAGAACGAAAAAAAGAUGACCACGAAGGGCAAAGUGAAACCCAAGCGGACAACACUGAGGUAAAAGAUGGUGAAGGUGAAGCAGAAGCCAAUGCUGAAAAUCAGUGUGAGACCACCCAAGGUGAGAAAGAUGCAGAUGGUGAAGGGGGAAGUGACGGAGGGAACAGUGGAGAAGAGGAAGAUGACGAAGAGGAUGAGGAAGAGGAAGAAGAUGAGGAAGAGGAGGAAGAGGAGGAAAACGAGGAGCCUCUGUCCUUGGAAUGGCCCAAGAGCAGGCAGAAGCAGGCAAUUUACCUCUUUCUCCUGCCCAUCGUGUUCCCACUGUGGCUGACAGUGCCUGAUGUCCGGAGGCAGGACUCCAGGAAGCUCUUUGUCCUCACCUUCCUGGGAUCCAUCAUCUGGAUAGCCAUGUUCUCAUACCUCAUGGUAUGGGCUCACCAGGGUGGUGAAACCAUUGGGAUUUCGGAAGAGAUUAUGGGUUGACGAUCCAGCAAGGCAGGCACUUCAAUUCCUGACCUCAUCACCAGUGUGAUUGUUGCGAAAGGCCUGGGAGACAUGGCUGUGUCAAGCUCAGUGGGCAGUAACAUAUUUGAUAUAACCCUGCCUGUCCCUUGGGCUCUCUCUUCUCUCUCAUCAACACUCUGCAGGCCUGUUCCGGUCAGCAGCAAUGGCCUAUUCGGUGCCAUCGUCAUGCUGUUUCUCAUGCUCCUGUUUGUGAUCUUCUCAAUUGCAUCCUGUAAAUGGAGAAUGAACAAGAUCCUGGGCUUCACCAUGUUCCUUCUUUACUUUGUCUUCUUGGUAAUCAGUGUGAUGUUAGAAGAUCGAAUCAUAUCCUGUCCUGUAUCUGUCUGA